AUGAUCAACGCUGUGCUAGUGUUCAACAACACAGGUCAGCCGCGACUGACCAAGUUCUACACCCAACUUGACACCCAAAUACAACAAAAACUUAUAAAACAAAUCUACGAGCUUGUCUCCCAACGUCCUCCUUCAGCAUGCAACUUUCUCCCUCUCCCACCUUUACUAUCACAAGGCGCAAGCUCCAAAGCAGCCAGUGGUCCGUCCGACGCACCUACACAAAUCACAUAUCGCACGUAUGCGACACUUUCGUUCAUUAUGAUUUCGACAUCUACAGAAUCACCGCUAGCCCUAAUCGACUUGAUCCAAGUCUUCGUCGAAGCGCUCGAUAGACUGUUCCAGAAUGUGUGCGAAUUAGAUCUUAUAUUCGGGUAUGAGACCAUGCAUGCGACGCUAAGUGAGAUGAUCAUCGGUGGUGUGGUGGUUGAGACGAACACCGACAAGAUUGUGGCUGGUGUUAAAGCGCAGGAGGGUUCGAGGGGGAAGAGGAUUGCUGUUGAUGCCGCGAGUUCGGUUGGGCAGUUGAGUAUACCUGGGUUUGGGCCGUGGGGGAGAUAA